CAACAGUUCCGCAUGGGCAACGACGCGCAGAACGAGCCUUCUCCUGCACAGGGUGCUCCAGCGGAAGUUUGGCUCGAGAUAUUCGACCAUGUUCCAAAUUCCGCGGACCUAACCGGGAUUGCCAGUUCUUGCAAGAGGUUUCGGGACCUCAGCAUCCGCGCGCGACACCGCGACCUCGUUUGGCGCACUCCAGAGCAAGUCGCCGAUGACCUGCCGGUGUGGGAUACAUGUCUGAACAUGGAACCUCAUGUCCGUUCUCUCGUCCUCGGCAUUACGCAGUAUCGCGCAGGUCCAGGAGACAUCAUUGACCUCGAUGGGUCACGAUCCUUUGGCAAGCUCGUAGGCCAACCUCGAUUCGAGACAUACGCGUCGCCUCACUUGCAUGCAGCGGUGCUUGGAAAGCUCGACCGCUUCGCGAACAUUGCGUCGAUGACGUUCACGAAUAUGUCGAUCAAGGACACGCACUUCAAGCUCAUUCACAGCCUGCUCAAAUUAAGCGAGCUCACUAUCGAACGGUGCGCGUUCGAAGCCCGCAACGUCGACCAAAUGGACCAUACCAGACUCCCGAUCAAGGACCUGACGAUGCUUGGCGUGCGCCGUUUCCGGAAUUAUCGCGACAACCUUCCCAAUCAACCAGACGACGACAUCUCUUACCCCCUCUCUCUGUGUGCCGCGCAGGGUCUCAAGAGCCUUACUAUUGACUCCUCCGCGGACGUCUUCCGGGGUGUCUUCAACGCCUGGGACGCGCACGCGCGCGGGUGGACAAUCCCGCGCACACUCGAGCACAUCUACGUCCUCAAGAAGCGCCUGCCGGCGAGCAGCGAGAACCAGCAGCACCCAGCGCAGGUGGGCCUCGCGGAGAGCACGUUCCCGGACACGCGCCUCUAUCAUUUCUGCGUGCAGGCCCGGAGCCUGAAGACGAUUGUGACGCCGAUCUUUGUCCCGAACCAGACCACUAUCGCCCCGGAGCUGCUGCCCCCGUCUUUGGAGCGUUUUGCGGCGCCGCUGGAGACGGCGCAGCUGAUCGCGGCGGUCAGGGACGUGGAGGCUUUAGGGCUGAUCAGGUGCGGGGUGAGCGCGCGAGAGGGGAUCAUUGCGUUGGCGAAUGUCGCGGCGUAUAGGAGCGGGUUGAAGAUGUUGCUGCUGGAUUGUAAGGGUUGGGACUACGAGCUUGUACCUGCUGUGGCGCAGCUGUUCAAGGAGCUCCGGAGGUUGAAGAUCGUCUUCGACGGGCCUGGUCCGACCGAGGACUUCCUUGUAGCGCUUGCGCCAGACCAUCUGGUGAAGCUGCGCGAGCUGCACACGCUAGAGCUCUAUGAGUUGCCGCGGAACGGCAGCUACGUCCCGGAACACCCUAUGCACCUCUUUGACGACUCGUUCGAGUCCGUCGAGGAGGAGCUCCGCAACCUCAUCAUCCCGUGGAACAGGUACUGCCCCGAUCUACGCAAGGUACAGCUGCACGCGGGGUAUGUCAUGACUCGCGGGUUCGAGGGGGCGGCGUGGUGCCUCGAGCGUGUGCACUGUCUUGAGAGCAAGGAGGAUCUGGACUUUUGAGUGAUUCAAGCCGAGAAAUCCCGUAGUUUUGGUGGGCCGUCGUAGGAUGGUAGCGCUAGGAGGGCGCUUUCUGCAGUUAGUUGUACGAUGUCCGUGUCGGAAAAGGCCCUGACGUGUUGAGAAUGCAUUUGAACGUAUGUAUAUAUAGUGCCGAAAUGCAGAGGGUGCCAUUCGA